AUGUCGGCUAAAUUUACCGAUUGCGAUGCUAUUGUCGUCGGGGCAGGUUUCGGUGGUAUUCGGACACUAUGGGAGCUUGUCCAGACCGGCCUGACCGUCAAGUGCUUUGAAGCUGGAUCGGAUGUUAGCGGCGCAUGGUACUGGAAUCGGUAUCCUAGGGCUCGAAACGACAGCGAGGCCUGGGUGUGCAGCAUGAAUUUCGCGCCAGAGUUGAAGGAGGAAUGGAAUUAUCACUACUUUGAUUUACGCAAGAAGAUCGAGUUUGAUACACGUAUCGCGAGCGCGCAUUACCGUGACAGCUAG